AAGAAAAGAAUAGUCUCUUUUCCAAUGAAAUAAGUCGAAAUGAUGAGUAAAGAGGAGAAAAAAAAUUAAAGGGUUCCUCCUUCCUAUCUCGCGUGGGUUUAUGUCUUUACGUUUUGUAGAUUCUAGAUUUUCCCAAAUUCAGAGUAGCUUCCUUUCUUCCUUGCCGCGACUUAACUGCACCAUCUUCCCUCAUCAUUUCCCUUUAAUUUAGAUUGGGCCAGAUUAGCUGUUUGGUUAUGAGCCAAAACCAUUAUAUUAUAAGCUUCAAUACUGAAGCCGUGGACGAGCUCACUUGCACCGAUGACAUCUGGAAAUUGGUUUGGUCCUUGGACGUUUCACCACCGGCAACGGCUCAGCGAGCGAAUCCACGUUCACCUAAUUCUUUCAUGUGUCCUCGAACGCCUCUGAUUUCUUCAGGUAGCCCUAUUGAGACCUCACUGAGGGUUUAUAGGAGGUACUUGAAGUAUGAUCCUUCUCACAGUGAAGAUUUCAUUGAGUUUUUGCUGAAUUCAAGUCUCUGGCAAGAGGCCGCGGAGAGGUUAGCUUCUGUUUUGAAUGAUGAUACCUUUUAUUCAAUAAAAGGGAAGACAAAACACAGACUGUGGUUGGAGUUGUGUGACCUGCUUACAACGCAUGCUACGGAGGUUUCGGGCCUCAAUGUGGAUGCAAUAAUUAGAGGUGGGAUACGGAGGUUUACAGGUGAGGUAGGAAGGCUAUGGACUUCACUUGCUGAUUAUUACAUUAGGAGAAGUUUGUUUGGGAAGGCUAGAGAUAUUUUUGAGGAGGGUAUGACAACAGUAGUAACUGUGAGGGACUUUAGUGUAAUAUUGGAUGCUUAUUCACAGUUUGAAGAGAGUGUGAUUGCUCACAAGAUGGAGAGCUUGGAUUUAAGUGAUGAGGAAGAAGAGGACAUACAAGAAGAAGUGAUUGAGGAGGAUGAAGAUAUUCGUUUGGAUGUUGAUCUGUACAAGUCAAAACACAAGUUUGAGAGGAAAAUAUUUAAGGGGUGUUGGUGGCAUGAUGACAAGGAUAUAGAUCUGAGGUUGGCACGGUUGGAGCAUUUAAUGAACAGAAGGCCAGAACUUGCCAAUAGUGUUCUCUUACGUCAAAAUCCGCAUAAUGUGGAGCAAUGGCACAGAAGGAUAAAGAUUUUUGAGGGUAGCCCAACCAAACAGAUUUUAACGUAUACAGAAGCAGUGAGGACGGUUGAUCCCAUGAAAGCAGUUGGGAAGCCUCAUACCUUGUGGGUUGCUUUUGCUAAAUUUGUUUGGUGUGAGUGGGCGGAAAUGGAGUUGAGGCACAAGAAUUUCAAAGGGGCACUGGAGUUGAUGAGGCGGGCGACAGCUGAACCAUCAGUUGAGGUGAAACGAAGAGUAGCUGCUGAUGGGAAUGAACCUGUUCAGAUGAAAGUACACAAAUCACUUAGAUUGUGGACUUUCUAUGUAGACUUGGAGGAAAGCCUGGGUACCUUGGAGUCAACGAGAGCAGUCUAUGAGAGAAUACUGGACUUAAGAAUUGCCACACCACAAAUCAUCAUAAACUAUGCCUUCCUUUUGGAGGAAAACAAGUACUUUGAAGAUGCUUUUAAGGUCUAUGAAAGAGGUGUCAAGAUAUUUAAAUACCCACAUGUCAAGGACAUUUGGGUAACCUAUUUGUCCAAGUUCGUGAAAAGAUAUGGAAAGUCGAAGCUUGAAAGGGCUAGAGAACUGUUUGAGCAUGCUGUUGAUACGGCUCCUGCUGAUGCAGUUAAGCAGCUGUAUCUUCAAUAUGCAAAAUUGGAGGAGGAUUAUGGUCUAGCAAAGCGAGCUAUGAAGGUCUAUGAUGAGGCAACCAAGGCAGUACCAAAUGAAGAAAAACUAAGCAUGUAUGAGAUAUACAUUGCUCGUGCUGCUGAGAUAUUUGGUGUCCCUAAAACAAGAGAAAUCUAUGAGCAGGCCAUAGAGUCUGGUCUUCCUGAUAAAGAUGUGAAGACAAUGUGUUUGAAAUAUGCAGAGCUAGAAAAGAGCUUGGGAGAAAUUGACCGAGCUAGGGGAAUAUAUGUGUUUGCAUCUCAAUUUGCAGAUCCACGCACUGAUGGUGAUUUUUGGAAUAAGUGGCAUGAGUUUGAGGUUCAGCAUGGAAAUGAAGAUACCUUCAGGGAAAUGCUGCGAAUCAAAAGAAGUGUUUCUGCAAGUUAUAGCCAGACACACUUCAUUCUGCCAGAGUACAUGAUGCAGAAGGAUCAGUCAUUGACCCUUGAUGAUGCAAAGGACAAAUUGAAACAAGCUGGUGUCCCUGAAGAUGAGAUGGCUGCUCUUGAGAGGCAAUUGGCCCCUGCAUCCAAAAAUGUCAAUUCUAAAGACAGCAGCAGAAAGGUGGGGUUUGUUAGUGCUGGGGUGGAGUCCCAGACUGAUGGGGGGAUGAAACCAGUUGCCACUGAAGACAUUGAUCUGCCAGAAGAAAGUGAUUCUUCUGAAGAUGAAAAAGUUGAAAUUGCACAGAAAGAUGUUCCAUCUGCUGUAUUUGGAGGUCUUGUCAGGAAGAGAGACGAUGGUGACAGAGAUGGGGAUGAUGAUAUUGUACCAGCCAAAGAUAGGGAAAGUGAGAACCGUCUAGGAGCCCUUGAGAGAAUAAAGAGGCAGAAAAAAACUUGAUUUUAGUUACUAACCAUGUCUAAUUUUGAUUGCUGGUAUCUUUGUUCAUUUACAACACUUGUACUCUUUAAGCAUUUUUGAC